AUGGCCGCGGCCGCGCUGCCGCUGCUGCUGCUGCUUUGCUCCAAAAAUCCCCAAAAUUGCCCCAAAUUCUGCCCCGGGACCCCCCAAAACUGCCCCGAAACUUCUCGUGGGAUUGAGCCCCAAAAUUCCCAAAAUUGCCCCAAAAAUCCUCAAAAUUGUCCGGAAAAUUCUGAAAAUUGUCCCGAAAAUCCCCAAAAUUGUCCCGAAAAUUCCCAAAAUUGCCCCAAAACCCCCUCGGAGACUGACCCUGAAAAUUCCCAAAAUUGCCCCAAAAUUUUCCCCAAAAAUCUUCAAAAUUGCCCCAAAAAUCCCCAAAACUGCCCCGAAAACUCCUCCGGGAUUGAGGCGGAAAUUGCCCAAAAUUGCCCCGAAAAUUCCCAAAAUUGCCCCGAAAAUCCCCAAAAUUGCCCCGAAAUUUCCCCCGAGAUCGACCCCGAGAAUGGGCUGCUGGUGCUGACCGUGGCCACGGCUCGGACCGACGGCUUCCGGCGCUUCCUGCGCUCGGCCCGGGCGUUUAAUUACACCGUUAUGACGCUGGGCCUGGGCCGGCGCUGGCGCGGGGGGGACGUGGCGCGCAGCCCCGGCGGGGGACAGAAGGUUCGGUGGCUCCGGGCGGCGCUGCGGCCGCUGCGGCACCGGCACCGCCUCGUGCUGCUCUUCGUCGACAGCUACGACGUGGUGUUCGCGGGGGGCCCGCGGGAGCUGCUGGCCAAGUUCGGGGCCGCGGGCUCGGGGGUCCUGUUCGCUGCCGAGGGGUUCUGCUGGCCCCAGGGGGGUCUGGCCCCACUGUACCCCCCCGCCCCCCCCGGGGGGAAACCCUUCCUCAACUCCGGGGGCAUCGUGGGCUACGCCCCGGCCCUGUGGGCUCUGGUGGAGCGUUGGCACUUCCGGGACGACGACGACGAUCAAUUAUUUUAUACCCAAUUAUACCUCAAUUCCGAGCUCAGGGAGCGGCUGGGGCUGGCGCUGGACCAUCACUCCAGAAUCUUCCAGAACCUCAACGGGGCCCUGGAGGAGCUCUCGAUUCGCUUCGAGCCCGACGGGAACCGAGUGAGGAACGACCUGAGCGGGACCUGGCCGGUGGUGAUCCAUGGGAAUGGUCCUACAAAGGUGGCUCUGAACUCUCUGGCCAAUUACGUGCCCCUGGGGUGGCGCCCGGGCGGCUGCGGGGACUGUGAGAGGGGCCGGAGGGACCUGAGGGACACCCCGCCCGAGGCGCUGCCCUGGGUGCUCAUCGGGGUCUUCGUGGCCGAGCCCACCCCGUUCCUGCCCCAAUUCCUGCGGCGGCUGCGGCGGCUGCGCUACCCCCGGGAGCGGCUGGGGCUGUUCCUGCACAACGCCGUCCCAGGCCACGCCCCCCAGGUCGAGGCCGCGUGGCCGCGGCUGCGGCGCCACUUUAGCUCCGCCCACCGCGAGGGGGCGGGGCUGGGCACGGCGGCGGCGCGAGACCGCGGCAUGGCGCUGUGCCGGCGGGACCCCCGCUGCGAUGGGUACCUGAGCCUGGACAGCGACGUCACCCUGAGGGACCCCGGGGUGCUGCGGGCGCUGCUGGAGCAGAACCGGCAGGUUCUGGCCCCCCUCCUGACCCGCUCCGGCCGUCUCUGGUCCAACUUCUGGGGCGCCCUCGGCCCCGACGGGUUCUACGCCCGGAGCCCCGACUACCUGGGCAUCGUCAGCGGGGAGCGCAGGGGCGUGUGGAACGUGCCCUACGUCAGCCACGCCUACCUGGUGGGCGGGGCCGCGCUGCGGGGGCCGCUGGGGGAGGGGCCCGUCUUCGACCACGCCCACCUGGACCCCGACAUGGCGUUCUGCGCCCGCGCCCGCGAGAAGGGGCUGUUCCUGCACGUCACCAACCGGCGGCACUUCGGGCACCUCCUGGUGACGGACGGAUUCAACGGCACCGGGAGGCGGCACCCGGAGCUGUGGGAGAGAACCCGCAACCCCUGGGACUGGGAUCAGCUCUAUCUGCACCGGAACCUGAGCCGAGUCCUGGAGGGGGACCUGAUCCAGGAGCCCUGCCCAGACGUGUUCCAGUUCCCGCUGUUCUCGGCGCGUUUCGGGCGGGACCUGCGGGAGGAGGCGGAGCUUCACGGGGGGUGGGCGGAGCAUCACCAGGGUCACUCGGUGCCGCUGUCAUCGCUGUCCCUCUCCCCCGUCCUGCAGGGGGCGCUGCGGGAGCUGCUGCCCCCCCUGGCCCGGCGCCUCUUCCCGGGAUACGCCCCCAAGGGUCGGACCGUGCUGAGCGCUGUGGUUCGCUACGACCCCGCCCCUUCCGGCCACGCCCCUUCCGGCCACGCCCCUUCCGGCCACGCCCCCUCGGCCCCGCCCCGACCCUCGGCCACGAUCAGCCUGAGCGUCACCCUGAGCCCCGCCCACGGUGCCGCCUGGCUGUUCCCCCGGCACGGCUGCCGCGCGCCGCUGCCGCCCCCGGGCUGGGCGCUGCUGCACCCCGGGCGCCUGACGCACCUUCCCCGGAGAGAGACCCCGAGACACCGAGCCCAGUACGGCCUGGAGCUGCUGCUGGACCCCUGAGCGCAAACUGGGCAAACUGGGACAGACUGGGACCCACACAGAGAGCCCAGUACGGACUGGAGCUGCUGCUGGACCCCUGAGCGCAAACUGGGAUG